GUUCACGAUUCAGGGUGGUCGACUGUACUGCUGCAGCAUCCCUAUGGAUCUAAUCCGGGAGAGGCCUACGAAUUUUUUUCGGUAGUUUUUAGGAGAAAAUGCAACUUUUGAUUUGUGUUUUGGUUAGCUGUGGGUGUUUUUCGGCUGUAACGCCUAAGAAAAAUUCAACGAAGCAAAAUCGUCGAAAGUUCGUGGACGAUUACUAUUUGAGCUACGAUUAUGACAGGCCUGGCGGACCCGUCAUUUCGAAUUCUAGCAAUGGCGGUGUCGCAAAGACCAAAGAAAACGAAAAUGCUAUCGCACAACCGGAAGCUUUAAUUCUGCCAAAUCCAGACACCUUCGAAGCUCGAUACGCGAUUGAGGCUUUGCCUAACGUCGAACUACCUGACGAUUCCUUGGCCGAUCCAGAUCUAAAGGAUCAUGACUUCAUUGACAACAUAAUGUACGUAUACUAUGGAGGUCAUAAACGUUACACAGGCACUUAUGGUCCAGAAAUCAUCGUGGUGGGAGCAGUACUCAGUUGCGCUGCUCAGCUACUCACCAUUUUUUGCGUAUUGCUCAAAAAGAACCAGCGGGGAGAGAAAGUCAUGACGUACAUCUUCUUCCAAAUCAUGGGCACUUUCUGUAUCGCUAAUCUCAUCUUUAUGCUAGGGGUUUAUGCAACGAAAAGCAAAACGAAAUGCCUAAUAAUCUCACUGAUACUGUAUUUUCUACACCUGAUGAUCUCAGUUUGGCUGUGCUUGUAUUGUUUCUACAUCUACAAACGAUUUUCAAGUGGAGGCCUCAUCAAACCAAGGCAUCUACAAGUGAAGUACUUCAAUUUUGCCGCCUACGAUAUACCUACACUUCUAACAUUGGCAACAUACUUCAUUUUACCAGAAAGCUACGAAUCUAAACGUUUCUGCUUCAUCUCAGUCCAAAGAGGCAUGAUCCUAAAUUACAUGCUACCAGUCUCUCUCCUCAUCAUACUCACCACGAUUUUCUCACUAAGCGGUAUCAGAAAAAUCAACAUGGAACUCUCAAAGUUGGAGUUUAACAGCUCAGCAGAAUCUUUGAACGGUUUGAAGAACGAGUUGGAACUUUUAAAGAAUAAGAAGGAAGAAUGUUUGGACGAUGAGAUACUGAGCUUGAAGGAAUCUAAGACAUGUUUGAAGCUGUUGUGUAUCAUCCAAACUGGUUAUGACAUUGUCUGGUUCGUCGUCGUUUUAGCUUUGGAAAAUGUACAGGAUAGCAACGGCAUGGCGAUUAUCUAUGCUGUUACAUCUUGCUUGCUGAACUGGUACGUAUUCAUAAAACGGAAAAGCCUGAUGCCGACCCUUUGCGAACUGCCUGAAACUGUCAGCGAAGUAGUAGUCCAUCAAAAUGAGCACCAAGAGAUUGUGACAGCCUCAGCGAACGUGUCAAGACGCGGCUCGUCUGACAGCAUACCGCUUUUGAACUCUGACACCGAAAUGAGGGAACUCAGAAUGGACCAUAUCAGCACCAUCACGACUUGAAGAUAAUCAAGUUCCCGAACAUUUGAAAUAUUGGAAAGGUUCAUUUUGAAAAAUUAUAUAAAGCGAUUGGAAAUUAUGCUUGUCACAAGAAAUUGGCUACAAAAAACGAGCAUAUCAACGAAAUGUGCAUUCGAGAAGCUGAAAAUAAUACUGCUAGGCUUCAAAAAAUAAAUUAUCGUUGUUGUUGUUCAAGAUUGAUGAGCAAUCAAUCGUUUGUUAGAGAAAUAUUCUGAAGAUUCUGUGUCACGUGGCGCAUAUUAUAAGUUUGGAGGCAAACAAACCGUAGACUUGGUCCUAAUAACUAAUAUGCACUUAUACAGGGUGUCCCAGGAGUCGACGCCAAGCCUGAAACGGGGAUAGACCAAAUCAUAAUAGUUAACAGAAAAAUAUAAAUCACAGGCUGUAGAUAUCCCGGAUAAUUUGGAAAGUAUACGACUUAGAUUUUUUUUAUAUUUUUCUGGUAACUAUUAACCCUACUAUCCCCGUAUCUUGCUUGACGUCGACUUCUGGAAAUUAAUCAUGGAUUUGUAUUGAAUUUUAUAUGACAUAAUAUAAGAAACUUGCAUUAUACAGUAAUAUUAUCAAAGUUUACUGUUUUCACACCUGGGUCAAAUUUAAACUAUACGUACCAAUUUCGGAUCUAUUUUGCACUUAGGUUAAUACGUAACUGCUUUGUUUCAGUGAAUAAACUAUAAGUAUAUUUUCUGGUAACCAAUGGGAUUUCUCCCAUACUCAUACACUGUAUGCCUAUCUGAAAUCCUUUUUUGAAACGUAAGGUAUAAGGAAGCCAUUCUGGUCAGUGAAAAAUUACGUCAUUAUACGUAUUGCCGCUUUUUCACCACUUUGUUACUGAUUUUUUGUGGAAUAUAAAUGCACAAUUAGGACUUACGUUUUUAAUAUAAUAACAAAUCAAAGAUACAUAUAUAUAUAACAACCUUAUCGUGUAUAUAUUAAAACUAGUUAAAACUCAUUCAACGGCUUUAAAAUAUCUAAUCCAUGUCUUCUCAAAAAAUACUCUAUAGGUAUUAUAACUACUUGUAAUAUGUAAAUAUGAAAACUUUCUCAUUGUUAAAGUCAAAUUUGUCGUUUUGAAAUUGUAGUGAGAUAAACCCAAGUGCGUGAUGCAGACCUAAUUUAAGGCAAGAGAUGCUCGCGAAAAAAUAAAUACGAAAAAAAAUUAAUCGCGACUUUUGACCAUUCUAUUUUAUAAAAUUUUAGUCCUGAAUAUACAUUUUUUAUAUCUCCGUUUACUAAUGUGUCCAGAAUUCGUCAUGGUCUAUAAAACGACAAUAAAAAAGACCCUAAAAGCAUACAAUCCAAACGAGCAACAGAAAAUAAAAAAUAUAUCUCAUGUUUCUGCCAUCAAAUUCAGAUAAAAAAAUUAUGCAUUUCUUUUCAAAGACAUCGGCCUAUUUCAGUAUUAUUACCAUAAGUAUUAUGUGUGGAUAUAUGCCAACUUAAUUGAAAAAUUUUAAUAGUGUUGACUCUUAAUAUGUAGGUAAUAACAAUAACUAGAAUGUAUGGAAUUUUCCAAAGGAUACAAUAAAACCUUGGAGACUCCCUUUAUUUGAGUUCACAUUUAACAUUGGUUUACCCACAAACAAUAAAUAAUUUCAGCAAUUCAAACUGUGAUUUAUUAAUUCAUUAAGCUUAGGUGAUAUCUGAUUUGUGAUUAUUUUAUUUACAAGUCUCCCUCUUUUUAAUUAUAUGAGAAAACUGUUUUCAUAGAUUUGUAAGCUAUGUUGUUGUUUUGAAUAGAAAUGAG